AUGGCUGGCGCGAUGAAUGGAGAUGAGAUUUUUUCAGCUGGUUACAAACCAGUUGCCUAUAUCAGCCACGAUUGUACUAGUGAUAGGAAGCGAGUUGAUUUGGUUCUGACCCUCACCAGACUUUGUGAGAUUGGACACACUUGUCACUAUCGAAUCAUCACUGACAUCACCAACAAAUGGGGACGAGAGGAUUUGGCGCCAACCGAUUUCCAUCACGACAAUAUGGAUCAGUUUCCAGAUUUUCCUUGA